AUGCCGCCGGUGCAGUUCUUCAGGUCUUCAAUGCCAUUAUAUCCCAUCUCGAAGGGGUCUAAAGCGUUGUGGAUGAACGCCAAGUCCAUUGGAAGCCAACUGCCGACUACGGAAGAGUCCCAGUGGCCGAACCGAUUAGAGAAUCUGUCGGGCCAAGAAAGAUCAUCAGUGCCUGCGAUUACUACCACCACUGUGGAUCUUUUCAGCGCUUAUGACGAAGUUGCAACAGUUAUCGAGGAUGGCGAUGCCCUGAUUAAUCUCUUCUAUGCUAAUUUUCAUGCUGCCCACCCAAAUCUGGUACCCCGAGGCAGCUACAGCUCGCAAGGCUAUCCCGAUUACCUGAAGUUGAGAAAUGUUAUGCAUGUAUCUGACCCUCAACCCCGUGACUACUGGUGGCAAGAAGUCUUUGAUGCAGUCGUGGUGGCUUCGGGGCAUUUCAAUAUUGCCCACGUUCCACAUAUUGAAGGUCUUGAAGAAAUCUCGAAGGAACACCCUGAACUGUCUGAGCACUCCAAGUCCUGGAGAUUACGAGAAGACUUCAUCGGAAAGGUGAUGGCCGCCGUUGGCAGCGGCGUUUCUGGCGCUGAUUUAUCUGAAGACUUGCACGACAUUGUCCAGGCACCACUUCAUGUCUCUAUGAGGACUGAGGUCGAAUUCUUGAAGAACACGUUUCGCCUGCCCAAUGUGGUUACAAAAUCCUCUAUUAAGAGAAUAUCGAGCGAGGCAGCAGGAACUCUUAAUUUUGAAGAUGGAUCGAUAUUGCAAGGUUUUGACAAGGCCAUUUUCGCAAUGGGAUAUAGGCUAUCGUACCCAUUCCUGCCAUUUGAGGCUGGAACCUCAUAA